AUGUUCGGCAACACAGAAGCCCGUCUUAGGGAUCAUAUACAUAAUAUCUUGUCGAAUUACUCGCGCAUGCACCUAUCAACCAACUAUAUUACAUGGACGGACGAUGCGGUUGAAGAACUGCUCACAGGAAGCCUCAUCCUUGUAUCCAGCAUUGACUUUACCGAUCCAUUACUGCCAACCGAUCCUUUUGACUCGCUAAUGCGCAGUUGGGACGUAGCUUCCAUUCCCUACCUUAACGAAGCGUGGUCGACUGAAGAAGGAGCAGUGCAGCAUUUGAGGGAGAUUGUGAAGAGUCUGAAACCAAAGCUUUCAGAGCGUCCCUCCGUGACGUGCUGGAAGGAUGAAACAGAUGUGGGAUUUGAAAGCUGGUGUUUACGUCGACCAGUAUCACCCAUUCUCACUACGUGUGCAAUCCGCCGAACACCUGUACUUGGAGGACAGACUUACGUGAAAAAAUUACCCGGAUGUACGCGCGACAUCCUCAAGAUUCAUGAGCUUCAGUCUGCGCCAGAGGAAGUCGAGGCUCAAGAUUUUACGACAAAUCUUCACGAAGCGAUGGACUUGAAGCUGCCAAUAGACGCAUCGAUGCACACACAAGUUUCAAGACUCAGCCAAUCUGUGAUCGCUCUCUAUCGACCAGUGGCAACUCCAUGCCCUGAGGCUCGAUAUCAUGAAUUUUUGCGAGCGGACUCACCUCUAGCAGAACUUGUACGGUUGGAUUCGCCACCCUUGUUUCCUAAGGAUAGACACCCAGGCCGACAGUCAUCUUCUGAUGUAGUCUUGCGUGAAUGCGUUUCCACUCUUUCUUCCCUCUCGGAUUUGCCAUCACUUAUACCCGAAGUGGAUUUGAGAGAGGAAGACGAAGAGGAAGAGCUGUAUAGGGAGCAUAUGAUUGUAGUGGAUGGGUGGCAUGCGUUUACGUGUCCGUCUUCUCCACCCUCCGACAAGACACCCUCCCUGGGCAAUAGCUCUAGUGAAGUUGAUGAGCUGUUUUUACCAUCGCCUCCAGACAACCAUAAACCUCUUGUACAAGCUCUCAUGUCCGCGAAAAUGAAUGAUUACGAACUGCCCAGAUCUGUAAUGCCGCACCACGCGUACCCAACGCCGAGGGCAUUGGGGGAAGGACAAAGUUUCCAUUCCUUCUUAUCUCCUCUUCUGGCUGGUGUGCAGCAGGCUGAAGUUAACACUGCGACCUCUCCGAAGACCCACCCCUCUUCACCCGUAACGCUGAUCGGUGAAUCCAUAUCAGGACAGCCUCCGUCGGAUGUCGGUGGCGCUGGAGUUAUUCCCAGCGCUAGUAGCUAUGUGCUCGAUGCUACUAGCUCGGAUUGGGACCUCGAUACGAUCAUGGAAAAGGUUUGUGGAAAGCUGUUAGGCGAUGAAGAAUUUGAAGACUUCAUAUUACGAGAGAAGCUAGAUGAACGAUAUUGUUUGUUAAUGGAUUCGGAGUCGCUAGAUGGAAAUACAUUGGUCAAAAAAGGUUACUUCAGGAAAGUCAAGGGAUUGCAACUGUUAAAUCUGGAACUAUCUUGGAGGCCUUUCAAAUAUGGCCCCACAAUACCGACCGACGAGGAAUUAGUUGGCCUUGGAGAAAGUCUUCCCAGUGUACUUGCCCAAGACCUCUGCAUCAAUGAUGCAGUCUUCGCUUCGAAAACAUCGGACUUGCUUAAGGGGAUUGAACAUUCCCAUGUAGAUGCGAAGGGAAUGUCACUGGAACCCUCUUUACGCCACCAUUGUUAUGACUUCUUGCCGCCGAUUGACUUCCCGAAAUCGGCGUUCAACGACGACGGACAAGAUAUGGUAUGGACCAGAGAAGAUCGCAGAAGGAUGCUUGGAUUUUCAACAUACGACGAAGAGGUCAUUUGUUCUGGUGACGAAGGAAAUGAAGAGUUGGACGGAUGCCAAAGUGAUACCUUCAUUCUAUCCACAGGUCGCUCAUUCAAACGCGCUAGACAUGGGAUUACCGAGAAUAACGACAUCGACCGAGGGGUUGAGCUCUCCUCGACCGAAGACUCAGGUGUAUAUAUGAACUCGCCGCAGAUGGACCUGCAAAGACGUACAAGUAACUUUACACAGCUUGCCUUCGGUUCUGAAGGGUUUGAAGGGCCCAACGAAGACGGCGACUUGUUCUACGAUAUUGAUCCUAUGCAUCAGCUAGAUUUCAUGUCCAAUUCCCCUGACAGGUGGUCUCAUCAUCGAACUAUGCAAGCUGAUAAUCUACCUCACCACGAUGAUUUUCGAGAUGGCUGCGAAUGUUUGCCUUGGACUGACAGAAACCCGGAUGAUACUGAUGCUGUUUUGGCGUAUCCUGUCUAUUCAAGUUUGCUUCAGGGUGGUAGUGGACAACCCGAAGUUAUCAUGGCUCAAUCAAUGUUACUUCGCGAAUCUCCUGUGGACUCUGAGUCUUCCAAAGGUGAUGCCUCUGCAAAUGGACCUGCAUCGCAGGAUAUGCCUCUUUCUCAAAGGACUUCAGUUGUCACUUCUGGUAGACAAGCUCCUUCAGGUCAAAAAGCUGCUCAGUUACUGGACGACUUCCUAAGGCUUGUGGGUCAAAAGAGCUCCUCUGCUAGCACGUCAUUGACUUAUCAAACGACUCCGCCGUCUCCACAUUGUAUAUUUCCAGCUCUGGUGAAUGUAGAACAAGCUGCACCUGUUUUACCUUCAUUUGUACCUCUGGAACUUCCAGAUGAGCUACGAGACGCUAAUACUCUACAAAUUCUGGAUCUCGUUGCUUCUCCACAUCGUGUGCAUCGCUAUAUGGCCUCGCUCGAUGUGAUUCAAAAGCGGAUUCUUGUGCGAUUUUUGUCUUCUGAGACCUGCUCUGUGGAUCUUAUUGAACGCGACUACCUUGGUGGCGUGCACCUUAUUCUGGACGCUGAUGUAGCUGUACUAUUCGUGCCUCUGGCUUCAUUCCCGUCACAGCCUGAUCAUUUGACCACCACUCUAUGUCAAGCCUCGAGGCAAUUUACAUAUGUCCUAGUCAUCUUCGAAGCUUAUCCAGAAUCACUAUCGUAUAAAAUUGAUGCAGGUCCUCCUAGACCUCAGCCAUAUCCGUUUUCUCCCGCCGUCAUAAAGGCAGUCAAGAAGCUGCGACGCGAUUUGGGGAUUGCCGAAGCUUUUCAGACGAAGGAUGCGGCCGCCGUGAUCCAGUUUGCAUUUGCGACUUCUGUACAAGAAGCGGCCUUGUUGACUCGAUAUUUUGGGGACCUUGCGGAAGCUAGAGACAAUUCUGGAGGUAUUCUCUGGGGAAAGCGUCAAUGGCUCGGCAUUGACGAACAAGAGGGUGAAUGUGACCUUGCCGCUGUGGACGGUAUGAAUCACUUUACCGCUUCCGUUGUGCUCUCCCAAAUGAGCUUAGACGACUUUUUGGACGAAACGCCUGAAGAACGGACGCAAAAUUUUGCUGUUUUGAUUGGUCCAAAUAGGAUAAUGCGGUUCAAUAAAGAGCUUGCAAGACGUGCCAAGGCGGCGCGAAUUUAA